GACCUCAUGGAGUCAUGGGCCCUGACAUAUAAAGUUCCAAAGGCUCGUGAGGGCAACGAAGAGAGAAGCCAUUACCGAGCCGACCGCGAGGGGAGAGAUAAGAGAGGGGCAGAGGAGAGAGAAACCCUUAGUCUCCAGCCGCCUCGCCUGAUCGCCGCCUCCGCCUGAUCGCCUCCGCGCAGCGCGAGUAGUGAGGAAGAAAGCCCUAGGGGGUUCGUGCCGCGGACGGAGGCGCCGGCGCCUGUGGAAGGCCACGAGAUCUCGCGGCGGCGCCGCCCGCCGGGUGGUGUGUUGGGGGUGCGGCGCUGGUGGUGCUCGGUGAGUUCGCUCGAUCACCUCGCCGCGGAGCGUCCGCUCGAGGUGCCCCGCCCCUCGAAUCGAGGGUUCUGGUAGGGGGGGGGGGGGGGGGGAGGGGUCGCCUUCUGCUCCCCGGUCACCGCGGAAUAAGCUAGCCCCCCUCUCCUCCUGCCUCGGGGGGUUAGGGUUAGGCUUUUUCUCCCGGAAUUGCGAGAGGAAUUCCGCGGCCAAGGCGGCGCAUUGCUAGCGAGAGGAGGAGAAGGAGGAGUCAGCAGCGCGGCUCCGACACGGCCGCCAGCAAUGAUGGGGAAGACGCAUAUGUUCUCUAAGGGCCACCCGCUCGGCUUCGUGCCCGACUACCGGCACAGGGUGGAGGCAAUGGGGGAGUUCAAGCGGCUCGGGAGCCCCGUGAGGGUCGACUCGGGGAGCUACUGCCCGCCGCCCAAGAGGAAGUGCGUCAGCGUGAAUUCUGAGGAGAGGGAAUGCGCCUCCGGGUUCAGCUUGACCCGCGUGCCCCGGGAGGUGUUCUCACUGCCCAGUAUGACUGCUCUAGACAAGAAGGACGUGGAGAUGAGGCUCCACCAUGAGCUUGCGCAGGUGAAGGACCUCCAGAUUAGACUGUUUUCAGGAGGGCAUAAUGUUGGGAGCAUGAAUGGUGCGACGGUCGCGUCAGCUCCCGGAAGCGAUAUGCUGCCCAAGAAAAAAGCCGAGAAGCUCAGGCGAAGCAAUUCAGUGCAGACGGAUAGGGGAGCUCCACCACCUAUGGCCACAGCUGUCGCCCCACCUGUUUCCAGCUCUAUUAACUACACGUCCUCGUUUAAACAAUGUGCCAACCUUCUCAAGUCCCUUAUGAGCCAUGUAUGGGCAAGCCCGUUUCUUGUUCCAGUUGACAUUGUGAAGUUGAACAUCCCUGACUACUUUCAAAUAGUCAAGCAGCCCAUGGAUUUGGGUACGAUCCAGAAAAGGAUGAAGGCAGGCAUGUACUCUACACCUCCGGAAUUUGCUGCAGAUGUGAGGCUCACUUUCAGCAACGCUAUGAACUAUAACCCAGCUAACAAUGAUGUUCAUUUAAUGGCCAAAACUUUGAGCAAGAACUUUGAGAGCCGAUGGAAGCUUAUUGAGAAGAAGCUCCCUAAACCAGAUGAGAAGCCUCCUCAGCCAGAUGAGAAGCCUCCUCAACCAGUUGAGAAGCCUCCUGUGAGGAAGCCCACAAAAAAGAAUUCAACUAAGAGAGUUUCCAUUGAGAAAGAAGACCUCACUAAGAAAAAACCCUCAAAGAAAAGUGUACCUAAGCAGUACAUCUUUCGGGGAGAAGAUUCAGCUGACAGUCCAGUUCUGCAACCAAAGAAAAGGAAAACCUCUCCUUUGGUACAAGAUGCUCCUUUGGUAGGGGAUAUUGUUCCAACCAGAAAGAGAAUAAUGACGAGUGAGCAAAAAUAUGAUUUAAGUGCAAGAUUACAGUCAUAUGGUGCAUUCAUUCCAGAUCAUGUAGUUGAGCUCAUAAGGAGUCACGCUGACUAUUGCGACGCCAACGAAGAGGAAUUAGAGCUUGAUAUGGAUGCUCUAGGUGAUGAUACACUUUUUGAAUUACUGAGGCUACUUGAUGACUAUGACAGAGUUAACCCAUCAAGAAACCUUACAGAACAGGAUCCUCAUGAGGUUAAGUCUCGAAGUCAAUAUGAACUCAUCAAUGCGUCAGUGUGUAACGAGGAAGUAAAUGAGCUCUUUGACGAGGACGUUGAUAUUGGGGAGAAUGACCCUCCAGUUUUGACUUUUCCUCCUUUGGUACUUGAAGAUGAAACAGCAGACAGAAGCCGCAAACAUAGUGCAUCUAGCAGUUCUAGUAGUGACUCAGAAUCAUCCUCUAGUGGCUCAGGUUCUAGUAGCUCUUCUGGAAGUGAUACAGAUGCCAAAGCUGCUCAACAAAACAGCGUGUCAAAGGAAAAAAUUCUACCUGUGGAUGGCCUGGGUCAUGAAAAGGAUUCACUGGACACAUUAAAUUUACCAGAGCAAAGUACAGACCCUGUCUCUGUUUCUGCUUAUGGUGAGGGGGGGUAUGUAUCUGAGAAGGUCUCCCCUGAGAAGCAAAUCCGAGCUGCCCUUCUGAGAAGCCGCUUUGCUGAUACGAUUCUGAAGGCUCGCGAAAAGGCUCUUGAUCAGACUACCAAAAAGGAUCCUGAGAAGCUUCGACGCGAGAGGGAGGAACUUGAGAGGUUACAAAGACAAGAGAGAGCUCGGUUGCAAGCUGAGGCUAAAGCUGCAGAGGAUGCCUGCAAGAGGGCUGAAGAAGCAGCAGCUGCUGAGGCUGCUGCAGAAGCUAAACGACAAAGAGAUAUUGAGAGAGAAGCAGCUCGGAAAGCUUUGCAAGAGAUGGAGAGAACUGUUGACAUCAACGGAGGGAGUCACUUUCUGAAAGACCUUGAAAUGCUUAGAGGUAUCACAUGCGAAGAGAUGCCCAACUUGGUUGGUGAAGGGAGCCCUGGGUUUCAACUGGGAAGCAGCAACGCCCUAGCAAAGCUCGGGCUGUACAUGAAAGAUGACGAAGAUGACGAGGAGGGCGAUUUGGCAGAUGCACCAGUGGUGGUUGAUAUCGAAGAGGGAGAAAUAGAUUAAGCGUGCUUCUUCUGGACCAUUUUUUAUACGCGACAGGAGACCUGUGGGCAUCACUGAUCUGCAUAGCUUUUCUUUGGCAUACAAAGCGACCUGACGAAAAGAUCGCCUCGCACCAGACCUGGAGGUCUGGUAUUCGUUUUUGUAACUGCCCAAGUUUUGGAGCCAAGUCACUAGGUUCGUCGAGCUUAUCGUUUGGAUUGAGAAUCUCUGGACUUCUGAUAUCCACUUUCGAUAAGGACUUGUUCGGUUAAGAGGUGAUCGAAGGAGAUUGGAGAGGGGAUUGGAGAGGAUUAAAUCCCUUUCUAGUCAAUUGAACAGAGGUAGCAACUGAAUAAGCCCUAAAAUGGAAUGGCGAGUUUACUGCAUAUAUGAUGAGGCCAUAAAAGCGGAUGAAAAGGGAGGAGAAGGCACAAGGAGUGAUAUAUAUGAUGAGGCCAUAAAUUCGGAUGAAAUGGGAGAAGAGAUGGGGUAGUGGGGAGAAGGCACAAGGAGUGAUGGUGAUGGCUCUUGAGCUGGUGCCAGCCGUUUUUGAGGGGUAGUUUUAGAGCCAUUUCCGUGUCGUGAAUGUAAUAUCGGAAACUGUACAAAAGUUAGCUAGUUAGACGAUGGAAAUCAUUCUUUCCUUCAAUUUAUGCAGUGCCUGUUCUUAUGAGACGUUGCACAUUUCUCGUAUUGCUAUGGGAUCCUGUUGCGUAGUAGUAUUGUUUUGGCACAGAAAUUUUGGUAUGUAGCUUGUCAUGUA